AUGAGCGAUUCAACUGGUACCUGUAUGGUCUGCAUCCAACCAUGCACUUUGUCCUUGGUUGAACCACUAAUCUUCACCAUAAACGAGCUUGCUGCCACUCUGCAACUCAUCAGGGACCAGGAUGAAAUCUUCCAAGCACACAACAACUCUGCUGCUGAACUGCCUCCUCCUGACGCAAACAGUUCAGGGACCAGGAUGAAAUCUUCCAAGCACACGGCAACUCUGCUGCUGAACUGCCUCCUCCUGACGCAAACAGUUGCCCUGCUUGCAUUUUCUGUGCCCACCACCACCAGUGUUAUGUCUGCCAUGCUGAAAUUCUUGGUGAACCUUACAAAACUGAAUCUCAGCCUGGUACCACCGCACAUACUACACCCACUACACAGAAUGAUGGAUCGUCUCCUAGCAGCGCUAUUGUAG